UGUUGGGCAGAAUUUACAAUUCCAAGGGAAUAGGAGAUGGUGGUAGUCAGAAUGCAAAGCCAUACUAGAAUUAUAUAUCUCAUUCAUCAUUGUUAAUCUCCUAAACCUAGCGGCAGUGAUAUAGGCGGUUGGGGGAACGGAAGGUACUAAAGGACCACCCAGGGAAGCCUUUGCUAAUGAAUCUGCACACUCAUUCAAAAGCAAACCUUUGUGCCCUGGCACCUAAAUUAAGCGAAGCAAACGCAAAUGAGACGGAGCUAAAAGAUAUAACUCUUGCAAAAUUUUUGAGUCACUACGCGUUGUAAGUGAUGAACAUAGACAGAGUGAGUCGAUGAUAAUAGCAACUGAUGAAUGAGAGGGGUUCAACUUCUGCAGUGCUAAAACCACAGCUAAGAAUUCUGCUGUGCAGAUAGGAGUAAAAUCUGGAAGUCUAAUCAAAUAGGACCAAUCUAGCGAAUGAGAAAAAAUUCCUACACCUGCCUUUACGCUGUUCUGUCAUGCAUCUAUAGCUAUUAUAGCAUUGGUCUGAAUAUGACACAAGUGAUCAUCCAGCAUGGCAUUGAGAAUUCGUGAAGAUCAAAGUUUUGCAUUAUUUGGGUAGAUGUUACCAAAAAUUAUUUCUAGAGAGACGGUAGUAGACUUUGCAGGAGUUAUCUUAUAGAGCUUAACAUUCAAUGGCUCGAGUAUUGCCUGCGCAAAAACCACCUGUGGCUUGUGAAAACGGGGCCAGUGGACAUUAAAAAAUAAAGUGGGCUGACUUAUAAACACUGUCUGGUGUCUUCUGAAAGGUGAUUCGUGCAGUCGCAGAAAGGUUUGGACUGUUAGUAGUCUAAAUCUAGCCAUUAACGAUGGCACUCGCGCUUCCAGGAUGUACUGCACGAGGUGUUGCCAGAGCAUGGGGCGGAGGUGUUCGGGUGCAAUGGUUCGUUUCACCCACGAGUGGGGGAGGGGUUAGCGCAGGAGGGAGGGAUGCCCAACAGUACGGAGCGCUACUCUGGGUGGCCAUCCAGCAGAAUCAGCUUUGCCCUACAGUCAACUGAUCAGCCGCCUGGCAAUAUAAGAAACACUGGAGGAAAUGGCCACAUUCAGGACAACCAGGCCCCGGAGGCUUGUGGAGGCCGAACCAAAUGACUCUGAAAUGAUCGCUUGGGCGCCAGCGUGCAGAGACGGAGAGCACCUUCAGGAACACCAGAGGCAGCAGCGUAUUGACGACGCCCUGCUCGAGUACGGACUGGGGCCCCUGCCUCGGAGUGCUCACGCAGAGUUGCAGCGGAAGCUGCAGGCAGUGACGGAAGAAGUGGACGGACUCAAACGACAAAGCCGGUGCACUUGUGCAGCCAGAAGUGAGGACGUCGUGUCCAAAAGUGCUUACACUCAACUGAAAAGGAAAUACGAGGCACUGCUAGAAGAGGUCGAACAGCUGGAGAAGCGUAACGCGGAUCUCCAGAAACGCCAGAGGCUCAGAAUUUCCCACUCUGGCGCAGGCAGUACAUCCACACACGGCGAUAGUCCUGAAGCAGAUGCUUCUUCCGAAGAUAUGGCUGAAUCAGCUGAUGUUAGCAAUGUUGAUAAGCAGCAAACGGAACACAGACCCACAGAAAAUGAUUACACGGAAGAUGACAUCAAAACUCCCAAGAUAGGAUCUGCGAGAGAGGAUGGAAAGGUGUAUGCAGGCAGCGAUUUCUGGAUUGAGAAGCACGAUUGGGAUGCAUUGUUCCGUGCUCCUACAGAUGUGAGGUUUUGUUCGAUGGCUGCAUCGCUGUUUUGGACGCCGGAACAGCUCGCAGAGCGCAGUGUCACCGGCUUGCCUGCGAAGAAGCCCUCGCCACGGGACAUGGCAUCGGAAGGAAGGCCACCGCUAACACCUGAGAAGCUUGACACCCUGAAAGAUCUGUUUCGUAUCUACGUGGGCAAGGAUGCAUUUACAGCGCGAAGGCUGAACCUUGUUCGCAGACACCUGUCAAACAAGAUUUGUGACAUCCGCCGAUCCAAGCACAGGCACAGAGGGAGAAAGAGUGCUGUCAAAGCAUAGAAGUGUGCAAGUGACGAGAUUGUUAGUGACUUGGAAGCCAGUUCACGCGAUUGUGUUCAAUCACUGCCUCUGGAGGAGGGCAACAUUGUUUUUAGUGUACAGAAAUCAUGACGGCCUUACUUACAAACCUCCAAUAGUAGUGCAUUUAUAACAGCUGCAGUAAUGACUGUAGCAAAGCAGUAUUGACGGCACCAUUUACAGUAAAACCUCGGUGAUACGAAUCUCGCGGGGUCGCCUGAAAUAUUCGUAUCACCCGAAAUUCGUAUCAUCAAAACAUACACAAUAUUAAGAAAAAUGAAUUUAGUUUUACCAGGAAAGAUUUCUAAUAGUGGAAUCCCAUUGAUACCUUCCUCGCUGCUGCGUUUUCCCGGCUACUACGUCGCGUUUUCCCGGUCCCG